GACCUACUAGGUCGCUACGUCGUACGCGGAAAGGGAGAAUUGAAAUUUGACCAUUACCAGUGCUAAAAAAAAACGACUCUAAAGUGUUCUCAGACUCCAAACUAAAAAAAACACACAAAAACUCUACAAGUAUUUGCAAAUGCAACACGCUUCAUUUUGAGCGCCGUAAUAAACUUCCGUUCCGAGCAUUUUUUUUGGGAACGCAGACAGCAGUAAAAAUCCCAAUCCGAUCGUCCGGGCGAAGAAAUUUGCUAUUGAAAGAAAGAAAAAACAAGUGUUAAUAAUAAUCUAAUAAUAAUAUUGAUAAGCUAGUGAUACAAUUACAUAAGAUAAAUAAUUAUAUAUUAUUACAAAAGAGGAAAAAAAAAAUAAAAUAAAGAAUAAAAAAGCUGUAAAAAAAUAUUUUCCAAUUUUUGAGAUCCGGAUUUCUCUUCUCAACUGUUACUUUACACACAUAUAUAUAUAUAUACAUAUAUACACAUAUGAUAUACAUACUACUACUAAUACAUAAGAUUAAAUAUAUAUAAUAAAAAAGAAAUAUAGAUAUAUUUACGUGGCAAUUUUUGCACUGUGCAAAUUCCAAUUUUGCUAAAUAACAGCUUCAUUUGAUCAAAGUAACCAGGAAAAAUCAAAAAAUUGCACACGAGAAUCGCAAAAGCAAGAGUAUUCACGACAAAAAAAGGCACACACAAAAAAAAUCAAAAUUUCCAAGAUGGCUACUCUACACACAGGAACGUCGUACGAAUUGUCGCAAGGUAGCCCCGUAAUCAAUGAAAAUAAAGAGUUUAUUUAUGUGAAAUUGACGGAUUCAGCGCUGCGAGCGAUCGAGGAAUAUCAACGAAAUCCAAGUAAACAAGGGCCAUCAAUACAGUUUUUAGGCAAUGAAGGGUAUUUAACAUUUCCAUCCGCAAAUGGCGAACAGAAAUUCAGCUUUCAAAUCAACGAGUCAAAAGAUCAAGGACCCCAAGGAUCACUGGAGUGCGUUCAGCAAAAUAGUCAAAGAACAUUGGAAACUCUCGGCACAUUACCGUACCGGAUGCGGAUACAGGCGAACGAUGAUGUGUACGAAACGACGAGGCACAAAAUGGCAAAAGAAACUGAAAAUAUCAAAACUAAAUGCACACGUGAGAUCAAACCUAACGAAAAAGAUAUUGGUCGAAAGGUGAAACUCAAACCGCAAUUCAAUCGCGUCUCCAACAUUCCUAGUAAUAGUAUACAACAGCACUCGUCUUCACCGUUAAUUAGCCACAAUAACAGCAAUGUUCCAUCAGCAUCCGCGAUCGCCGUCACAACAACCACUCAUAGUAAUAAUAGUUACUUAUCCUCUUCGUUAACGUCCGCGUCGUGCAACAACAGCAACUCCCAAGCAACGCAACUCAGCAAUGGCUCAGCAAAUGUCGUCGCCGCAAAUGCAGCAGCAACAACAACCAAUUCAUCCUUAUCUUCGAACCUACACCAUAGUAAUCUAAAUAGCAGUAAUCUUAGUAGUAUAUCAUCAGGAAACAACGGUCUAGUGCCUAAUAGAAUUACUACAGCAUCCAAUAACCAUAAUAGUAAUAAUAAUCGAAGCAGUAGUCAAAGACAGGGCAACACUGCUAUCAUGAAGAGAUCGAUAAAGGAAAGGCUGAUUCAUUUAUUAGCUUUAAGGCCAUAUAAAAAACCAGAAUUAUAUUUAAAACUACAAAAUGAUGGUAUUAAAGACAAGGAAAAACAUUGUAUAGCUACUGUAUUAAAACAAAUAUCAUUUAUGCGCGACAACACUUAUCACUUGCACCGACAUAUCUGGAAUGACGUGCAGGAGGAUUGGCCAUUUUACGAGGAACAGGAUCGACAAACGCUGAAACGUCGGAAACCGCAAAACCUGACGCCGCCCCUCAGCAGCGACGGCGGAAGCUCAACAUCGGGACAGAGCCCGACGAGUACGCACAACGGAAGUCCUCCGCCUGCUGUUAAACGACCGCCAUUAAAAAGUGAUACCUGCCAUCUUGAUGGACCCGCUAGUAAGAAACAGAGAAUUAGUCAUUAUAGGAAAGAUAUUGUUAACCAGGAUAAGAUAAGACGAGGCGUUCGUGACUCGAGAGACGCGUCAAAUAUGAAUCCACGGUCAAGGGAAAUUAUGAAUCAUGACGAAAUGCGUACUAGAUAUUAUGGAUCGAACGUUACACCAAAUGCUCAAGAAUCUGAAGAUAGUGGUUUAAGCUUAAGUUAUUCGGUACUCGGACAUGAAGUGGCCAAUAGAAUAUCAUCGUCAAAUAGUGUAGUUAAUGGAACGGGUAUGCAUGAUGAUCAUCGAAACGGAGAUUAUGGAAUGGAUACAGAUAAUAACGCUUAUCGGGAUAAUGCAAAUGACACAAAUGACUUUAGUAAUUACACAAAAAUUACGUCUGUUGAGCAACGCCGCAGAUACAAGACUGAAUUCGCCAACGAUUACCAGGAAUACAAAAUAUUGCACGGAAAGAUACGAAAUGUAACCAGCAGGUUUGCCCAAUUGGAGAAUGAAUUACGGAACGUGGAGCAUGACGACAGAAGGGUACGGGAGAUUGAAAAACAAAUCUACAGAGAAUACGAGGAAAACAAGAGAGAUCGAAUGUACCAACAACAGCAGCAAAGAUUUAACUACCUACACGAGAAAUUGUCUCACAUCAAGAAAUUGGUUGCCGAUUAUGAUUGUUCGGUCCAAAACGGCGGACAAGAGAGCUACUGACGAUUAAUGUUGUUUUUAUGCCAUUAUAUCAGAAUAUAGGUUGAAGCUAGUUGUAAUAAUAUUACAUAAUAAUUAUUAAACAAACAAAAAAAAAAGAUAAAAAAUAAUUUAAAAAAUUCAAUUGUUGGUGAUUUUGUACUACUACUACCUACUAUUUACUUGCGACUGUUACACACUAAAAGGAGAGAUAAAAAGAGAUGGACAAAAAGUACUGUAAGGAAAACGUACAAAGCCAAAAUAUGUAGUGAGAAACAAAAAAUAUUAAAUUAUGGAAGAUAUUAAUUAGUAACCAGACAACUACGUGUCUGGCACAUGGAGAAUUUUUUUUCGGUCAUCACAAAAAUUAUUCACACAACACACACAAACACACAUGUACACACCCCCGAAGUAGAAGAAAAGGAGUAAAACUACAAUUGCAGCAACAAUUACAUUAAAAAAUAAAUUAAAACUACAUAAAAAAUAAUUGAAACAAAAAAAAUGAUAAAAAAUCCUUAUUCUUAUACAAAAAAGCAAAAAAACAAAAACAAGACAAAAGAGAUAAAAAAAAAUUGUACUAUUACUCUUAUUACCUAUUACAUUAAAUUGAUAUAUUUUUUAAUUAAGUAAUUUAUGGCGGCACGCUGUUGACUUCAAACAGCAGCAAAAGCCAUACACAAAAAAAAAUGAAUGAAGAAAGAAUUUUUUUAAGUGAGAUGAUGUGCAAGAACAACAGAAAGACAGUGUUUUACUAACAAAUGGCCAAAAAAAUUUGAUUGAAUUUAAACAAAAAGUCAAAAAUUAAAAAAAUAAAAGGAAAUGGGACUUAAACACAAUUUUAAAA